UCUUUGCUCUUUGGUCUUUGGUGUCAAUUUCGAAAUAAAUUAACAUUGUUACUAUUUGAUUUAAGUUUUAAUACGGUUAUAAGUUUUAAUACCUAGUUUACUCGAAUAAAUAAAUAUAAGCAUAUACAUAAACGAAGUAGUAGUGAAGUUUAACAUAACAUGUGGUAUAGUUAACAUAACAUUUCAAAAUAUAUGAAAACCGGAUUGAAGAUGUGGCAGCAAAAAUUUUGGAAGAUUAUUCUUCUCACUUCAGUUUGUUUGCAACUGACAACUCAAGUUAAAAGGCAAAAAACUUCAGUUAUAUCUGACGUUAAUGAUAUCAAAGAGUUUAAAAAGUUAUUAAGGUCAAAGACAAAUAUUUUGGUGCUCUAUGUGAAUAACAACCGGUCUUCCCAAAAUGUGUCUGAUGUGUUCAAAGAAGCUGCCGAUAACAUGAAGGGACAAGCAACGCUAGUAGCAAUUGACUGCAGUAACAGUGAAGGCAAAAAGCUAUGCAAGAAGCUAAAAGUAUCAACAGAUAAGCCAUACUUUAUCAAGCAUUAUAAAGAUGGUGAUUUCCACAAGGACUAUGACAGAGGAGUGACUGUCAGUGCGAUGGUGAACUUCCUGAGAGAUCCCACAGGUGACCUCCCUUGGGAGGAAGAUCCCCAAGCCACUGACAUCAUGCACAUUGUUGAUGGAGAGGCUCUGGCAAAGUUUCUGAAAAAAGGUAUAGCCACAUACAAAAAAUCAAUGGUGAUGUUCUAUGCACCGUGGUGUGGAUACUGCAAGUCGUUAAAACCGGAUUAUGUCGCUGCUGCUGGUGAUUUGAAGGGUGAAGCAAUUCUAGCUGCCAUAGAUGUUUCGAAGCCAGGAAAUUCUAAAAUAAGGCAACUCUACAAUAUUACUGGAUUCCCAACAUUACUGUUUUUUGAUAAAGGACAGUACCGUUUUCCAUACAAUGGCGACAACAAGAGACAAGCGAUAGUGGAUUUCAUGAGGGAUCCCUCCUCGCAACUGCAAAAGAAGAAAGAGGUGGUUGAUGAGAGUUGGUCUGCGGACUCUUCUGUGCUCCACUUGACAGGGGACAUAUUUGACAGCGUGCUCGCGAAGGCUGACCAUGCGUUGGUCGUGUUCUAUGCGCCAUGGUGUGGACAUUGCAAACGUAUUAAACCUGAGUUUGAAAAGGCAGCAGCCAAGAUUAAAGAACAGAAGAUAAACGCUUUGCUGGCGGCUGUGGAUGCGACAAAGGAGCCUGAAUUGGCGUCCAGGUUUGGUGUGAAAGGGUACCCUACACUGAAGUACUUCCAAAAGGGCGAAUACAAAUAUGAUGCCGGACAUGCACGCCAGGAGCAACAAAUUAUCGAUUUCAUCAAGUCGCCGCAAGAGCCGCCUCCGCCGCCGCCGCCGGAGAAGCCCUGGCGCGAAGAAGACAGCGCCGUGCGUCACCUCGACGCCGCGACCUUCAAGAGCACACUGCGCAAGAUCAAGCACGCCAUCGUCAUGUUCUACGCGCCAUGGUGUGGACACUGUAAGAGCACAAAGCCGGAGUUCACCCAAGCCGCGGACGAGUUCGCCGACGAACUGAUCGUGGCAUUCGCCGCGGUCGACUGUACCCAACAGCAGGAGCUAUGCUCUAACUACGACGUCAAGGGUUACCCCACUCUGAAGUACUUCAAUUACUUCGACAAGCUCGUGCAAGACUAUAAUGGCGGGAGAAAGAAAGCGGACUUCGUGUCAUUCAUACACAGUCAAAUGGGCGAACUCAAGGCUCAACAGUCCAUGAAGAGCAAUCAGGAUGCUGGCUUUGGGGUAAACGUGCAACUAGCUGGUGAUGGAGACUUCGAAGAUAUCAUUGCAUCACCGAAUCCGACGUUUGUCAUGUUUUAUGCCACCUGGUGCGGACAUUGCUCAGCAGUGAAACCGGCCUACAGUCGCCUGGCAACCGCCCUUAAAGCGGAGAAUAGUCCAAUUAAAGCCAUAGCAGUAGACGCGGGGGAGAAUCAAAAAGUAGCGGACAUUGCCAGUGUUCAGACACUACCUACUUUCAAAAUAUACUCAAACGGGAAGUUUUUGGCCUCGUACGAAGGCGACAGGUCAACGGAGGAUAUGCUGAAAUUCUGCAAGUCUUAUUUAAAGGUAAAAGACGAACUGUGAUAUGUGCAAGCAUAUAUUCAGAUCAUCACAACUAUUAUUGUAGGUGAAUUUAUUUAACCUGGCGCGUUCACACAUUUUCAUAAUAUAUACAUAUAUUCCUAUAUAUUUUGAUACAUACUAAAUAUUCUCGAUGUUUUUUUUUUAUUUUAUACUAUAAAAAUUUCAGAUAUUUGACAGACUUUUUAUUACAACAAAAAUGUGUCCAUCAACAUUUAUGGAUGAAUAUAACAAAAAGUGAUAGAUUCAUGUGGAUUCAGUAUGAGUAAAGAUGUUGACCAUACAAAUAUAAGACUGAACAUUUUUUUUAAAUAUUAGCUGCAACAUUAUUGAUAGAAAAAAUUACUGAUGUAUCACAACUUUUUGUUUUUGUUCAGUUAUAUCCAUCAGCGAUCAGUCGCUGGACUAUAAACUGAUUUUUUGAUAGAAGAAGAUGUUUUCGAUUGAAGGUCGCUCCAUUCAGCGCCUUAGUGUUAUGGUCAUACAUUGGUUUUACUGUCCACCCAUCGAUAUCCUAUUAAAAAGUGGAUGCACAAUCAGAGACCAAGAAACGUCCCCACUCAAUAAGUGCUAAACACAACUUCUUGGCACUCAAUUCAAGUAGUCACAUUUACAAAUUCAACCUUAAACUCAAUCCUUAAGGUUGAAUUUGCUCUGAAUUUGGGAUUUUAUUGAAUAUUGGACUACAUUUAAGUGACAUUUUCUACGUGAUUGUGCGUCCUUUUAUUAUAAGAGGUCAAUGUGUCCACCACACAAAUCAUCCACGGUGGAUCGCUUUAUUCUUUUAGUCUGAUUUUGUGUCUUAUAUCGUUUUUUGUUAUUUUUUCUUUGACUGUCGCCAUUUCAUGAUAUUCAUGCAUGUCAGUGCCGUUGAAGCAAACAAUGGGGAUGAUGACUAGGUUUAAAUAAAUUGAUUUUUAUUGUACAUUCGGGUAAAUAAGGUCAAUGUUAACUAAUUUACACAUAAAAAGCAAAGAAUGUCAGGAUAUUUGCAAAAUAAAUGAGAUUAUAAAAUUUCAAAAUUUAUUAAAAAUCUUUUAUCGUAAUUAGAUGAAAAUUCAUACAGUUUUAGCUUCUUUACAUUAAAUGUGACAUUUUUUAAUAUAUGAACUAUAAACAUGAACGCACAAAUAACAAAGAUAUUAGUAAUUUUGUUUGAACGCCCAUACAAAUCUAACGAUCAUUACAUUACCUACGACGUCAUUAGUUCGUACCAUUUUGUAUGGGGCGUUUUUCAGGGAUCCGCGGCAGCGCCGCAAAUCUGACUCUUUAAAUCCCUGUAACUCCGAAAGUAAUGAUCGCAGAUACCCUGUUACUUUUACAAAAUUGCUUUACUAUUAGCAUACUCUUAAUUUAUAUAGGAUUUAAAAAACUGUCAUCAUCCCUAUUGGCAGUUGUUUGAUGUGAGUCGGUUUUAUCAAAAGAAAUAACUGUGGUUUUUAUUUCUUAUUUGCGAUGAGUGAAUGUGUGUAUACGCCAGAUUAAAGAAAUAAUAUAUAUGUAUUAAAUUUGCAUCACAAUGUUACUUAAAUCUCAUUUGUAUUCAAUAUAGCAAAUAAUGGACUGCAGUCGUUACCAUUAAUAAUCUCAAGCAUGUUUUGCUUAGUUUGUGCCAGUUGCAAGAUUUAAAAGUAAUGGACCGAUUAUCGUAUGUAAAUUACCUGUAGGCCUUAAAUACCACGACAUUUGGAGACGAUAAAAAACCCAAUUUGGACCAAUGUAUGAGAAUCGGAAACAUCUGUCUUUAGUUGUGUAGGGUCGAAAGAGAGAACGAAGAAACGACUUUCGAUUGGUCGACAGUUUUCUUUUUUUGGUCUUGAAAUACACGUGGUUCGCAUCGUAAGCCUACUUUUACAGCUAAAAGCAAAGAAAUUACGAAAUUGCAAAUGAGGUUCGUUUUAUUUAAUUGAUCAUGGAAAAAUCUAUGAAAGAUCAGGUAGGUAAGUCACUCAAUAAAACUUGUUUGUAGGUUGUGGUAAAAUUUCAUGUGAUAUGUUUAAGUUGAAUACAUUAUUUAAAUUUUUAUUAUUUUAACAUUUUACAUUUUAUUUUAUUAAUUUAAAUUCAUUUAAUUCUAUUUCUUAAUUUUUAUCGGUUUUAAUUUUUUUUAACACAGCGCAUAAUUAUUAUUAUUUCAUAGAUUUUAUAUUAUAUUAUGUAGUCCUUAAUCUACAUAGAUAGAUAGUAACUUAAUCUCACACUCAUAAACAUUCCCAAUAACAUUAAUCAACAAAGUCUUAUAAUAAAAAAUAUUUGUUAUAAAUUGAUGAUAAAUAUAACUUGAGUGCCAAGAAAAUUUCGAAUGAUUGAAUCAUUAUUUGCUAAAUUGUUCUUUGUUAAUAAUAUCUACAACUAUUAACGAUUACAAUAUAUUUUUAAAUGUAAGCCAGCGGCAUGAUUUUUACAUAAUGUCUAUAGUUUUAUAAGGGUCACGUUUAUUCACAUAUCGCAAUAUUUCGUCCCAUCGCAACAAAAAAGAGAUAAUUCGUUUUGAAUAAACGAAUGGAAAUUUGUAUACACACUAAUCUCACGAUGGGCAUCUUAGGUUUUUAUGCACGAAUAAUACAAUAUUUCGCUUUCUUUCUCAUAAGCGAAAAGAAUGUGUAAUGCAGGCUAAAGACAGUCAGUUUUAACUGAAUAGAUUUAUUUAAUCAAAAUUUCAUUAGAAAAAACUGUACUUUUUUCACUGAAUACUUAUAAUCAGGGAUCCGUAGAACAGCUUCAUCUCGUUACACUAUCUUGUUACACUACCCUCCUCCCAACUUGUAAUAAUAACGAGGUUAUUAAAAGUUGUUACUAACCACCACUACUAAAAGUUGUCCUACAAAUUGCGCGGUACGUUAUCUCGUUCCGAUGCUCAGAAAGUUUCAUUUUCUGGUAACUCAGUUAGCUACCAGAAUCAAGAAUUUUCGUAAAUAAAAAAAUUGAUAGUCUCAUCGAGAUGAAGCUACUCACGAAAAAUUAACUUGUUAGCAAUUAGUUGUAAAAAAUGUUCUACGGAUCUCUUACUAUGAAGUUUUAACUGAACAGUUCGACUGUACAGUUCAAAUUGCAAGUCUGUAGCCCGCAUUAGGUGUGAAUAAGACAAUAUAUCAAUGUGAUGAACCCAAAGCCAGAAAAUCUGUCUGUCUGGCGUUAGUAGUCAGUCUAGCUUCUAUGAGAUAUCUCAUGAAGAAAAUACUGUCAACCAAUAGAGGCAGAAUUGAAAAUAUCGUUUGCUCUUUUAUUGAGAUGGGUCGAGCUCAGACCAAUUACAAAUGGACCAAUAUCGCACCAACAAAAUGGCCUGGUAUUUUUGAGGGGAACUCGCACAUUGAAAUUAUAUAACAGCAAUAUGUUUAUAUAUAAUAUAUUAUGUGCCCUUACACUAUAUGUUUUAUUAGCAAUACACACACAUUAAAUUUUUACACAGAUUAACACACUGCUUAGACUAUCCACAGAAUAUUCGAUUACUUGAUCGAUGUUUUCCUGUUCCAGCUGAAGAAUCGAUUCCUUUUAGCAUUGUUUUCAUUACAAAUUUUAUAUAAUUAACUUAAAUAGAAGUUGUUUACCGUUUUUAAUGCAAUUUAACUAAACACACUGGCAUUUUUAGGGAGUUCUUUAUACGAAGAAAACGAUUACAACAAUGAAACAUCGAUUCUAUUGCAACAGUCUUUAUAAACGCGUUAGAUAAUUGAUUCUUGUUCUUUGACAGAGGGGUAACGUCUACCGAGUUAGGUCCUUUUGUGAUUGGUCUGAGGUCAAUAUGGAUAAUAAUAUGAUUAUUAGACGACUGUAUGUAUGUCUCUUUACGAGAUAUCGCAUAGUGGGUAUCUUAGAACUACUGAAAUGUGGUUAGUCUUUUAAAAAAAUAACCUCAAAGUAAGUUUAUUUUACUUCGAUCAUAAGACAAAAUAAAUUUUAAUAAUGUUAAUCAAUAAUUAUUUUAAAAUAAAAUUACUUAUGAUUGCUCAAUUCUAUUACAUUUUUAUUAAUUGAAGACAUUUAAUUAAUAUCUUGAUUAUGCUUUUAUUUCGUGUUAGUUAUAUACUUUUUUAUUAGCUAUAAUUUAAAUUUAUGUACUCAUCAUUAUUACGUAGUAAAAUAAUAAUUAGUGAUUAUUUAAUCAGCUGCCGCUUUUUUAGAAUGUAUACGCUUUAAUAAUAUUCUAAAAUGUUAUUUGAUAUCUCUCUCAGUAGGUCAUAUCAAUGGUACAAUAAUAAAUAUAAUUAUACAUAUAUUAAAUAAAUUAUAUGUGUUUAGAUAUAGAAUAUUUUGUAUUGAUAUGAUUAGUGGAAAUGGAUAACUCACUAUAAAGUGGCUGGACAGUAGUAGUAAAGAUUGUCUUAUUUACGUAAAACAAACAAGUUUAACUUCCCAUGUAAAGGAGUAUAAGAGUUUUUGGCGGGAAAAUCGUAGGAAUUACAAUAUCUCUAGUUUUAUUUUGAUUGAUUGGCUGCAUUUAAGACUUUUUUGUAGGAGUACGCCCUCCGGAAUCGUAAGCCGAUUCCGGAGGGCGUACGUUUGAAUCUGGUUCGGAGCAUUCACCUCCAACUUUUCAAUUGUGUGCAUUUAAAAAAAUUAAAUAUCACGUGUCUCAAACGGUGAUGGCAUAACAUCGUGAAGAAACCUGCAUAGCAGAGAAUUUUCUUAUUUCUCAGCGUGGUGGAGUACUGGUCUAACCCCUCUCAUACUGAGGAGACUUGAGCUGAGCAGUGAGCCAAAUAUGGGUUGAUAAUGAUGAUGAUAAAGUAGAAUGACAAUGUACUAUAUUUCACCAUUCUCGUUCUAUUAUGGCAAAUUGUUUAAUAAAAAUAUUAUUACUUGAGGACUGCUAAGCUAUAUUAAAAAAAAUAUAAAGGGUGUGAAUUUGCGUGUCCCAUAACUCUAGGGUUAUAUUCUUUAAUGAAAACUAAUUUAAAAUGCCCAUGAAAUGUUUGUUCUAAAAUAAAUGAUUUUGGAGUAAAUCUGGGAGCAGGGCAGUGCCCCCACCAAGUCGAGCUUGAAAAUGGCGACAUGGCAUAGGUACUUUUCUCGAAAUAAUUUAUUUUGUAAAUAGAUCAUAAAUUAGUUCUUAUGAGUACUGUUAGCAAAAAUGGUUUGUAGUACCUUAAAAUAUGGCUUGUUUAAAUUUUGUAUUAAUUAAUUAGUUAUUGUGUUAUGGCUUUACGAAUUAAAUAAAGUGAAUAAAAUUACAUUAGUGAAAUGAAAACAUGAAAGAAUUUAUUUAAUGAAUUAGUAAUUAUACAGUUCGGUUCCUAUAAGUGUUAAAGUCCGCAACACCCUGUAUACAUAUAGUAUGAGUUAUUUAUAAACUAAAUCAUGUCAAUACAAAGUUGAUCAAUUUUGUAGUCCCAUACUUAUGAGAUCGCCUAAUGUUUAUACAGCUGUUAUAUAGUUAAUAAAUGCAUUUAAAUACAGUUUUAAUAUGUAGUUAUAUAUUAUUAGCGACAUUGUAUUAUCAUAUUUGAUAUUUAUAUUAUGAUGUUGUAAUGUACUAGUAAAAUUAUAUGAAUAUUACUUACAAUUUAUUAAGUACAAUAUAUUCUUAUAUCAAGAUCUUUUCGAAUUUUUAUCAAUUGUUUAUACAUAACGUAUAUAAGUGUAGAAUAUUGUUAAUAAACAAAAAAAAAAGACUAACUUGUAUCUCCUCCAAGCUAGUCUGCAUAGUUACUUAACAUCAGAUGAGACGGCAAUUAAGGACUAACUUGGUGUUGAAUUAGCCAAGCGUAUAAUAUUUGGUAUUCAUUAUUAUUAUUGCCACAAAACUAAAAUACAUUUCUUUCACGUAGGCUUAGUUUACAAGCAGUUUAGAAUUAUCAAUGGGUAUGAGCGAAUAACUUUUAACUUCAAAGUUAGCUCUCUGCCAUUUUUAACUUUUAAGUAUGGACGUGGGCUCUCACAAACUACUCAAUGUUUUGGUUUUCUUAGUUUACCUAAUUCUCUUCACUUCCGGCGAUUGAACGGCUCAGUAGCUUUUGUUUUAGAGGUAAAACUACCAACAAGGUAGUAGGAUAUUCAUCUUACGGGGAUAUUAUCCCCGUAAGUAAAAACCAUCAACUAGACCUUUGUGCACUGACUUCCAGUAUUCACGUUAUUAAACUGUUGUCAAAACUUAUAUUUCUUACCAGAAAUAGGUGUUUUACGUUUUUGAAUUCUGAUGUAUUAUAUUUUGAAAAAAAAAAAGACUCAUUUUGUUAUAGAAACAAAUAUAAAAUAAGCUUGACUGUUUUCAAUACCUAAAAAAGUAGAUUUAGACUAAAAAGAACCAUCAUUUUUUUCAAGUAAAAGUUGAUUUUAUAAGCACGUUAUUUUAUUACUAAAUCUCAUAACUUUAAUAUUCAAUCAGUUUUAAAGCGAUCUUAUAUCAGUUUUCUCAAAAAAAAAGUGUUUGCAUAUAGGACUGUGAGACUCCAAGUUCACAGUAGUGUUGAGAAUAAAUGACGUCCAUACUUAAAGGUUAAAGGACUAACUUGCCGAUGAGUAAAUUAUAAGAUCAGUUAUAAACUACUCAUACAUACGUUUACUCAUAUGGAUACUGUGACUCCUUAGAUACUGAUACAUGAAAAGCAACCCAACUUUUGGGAGUUCUCUAUUAUUGUCUUAAAACUACGGAGACUUGACUCUACAAUAUCAGGCUACAAAAGCUUAAAAAUUAUUUUCAUAGAAAAUUAUUGUUUUUUGUCUUAUUCCAGGCAUAAGGUACGCCUUGUAACUAUUAAUAUUUGCGUGAAUAAAAACGCUUGAUACUAGUAUAUUAUGUGCUAUGGUAAGAAUUAUUUUUCCAAUUUCAUUGUAUUCUUUAGCUAACUUAGAUUUUCGGACGAAAUUCAUUACAUGGACAUAACAUUCCUAUCUACGGUGCAUUUUUGUGAUUAAAUCAAUUAAAGUUUCAAAUUGAUUGUUGAAACGAUCGACAUUUUGAAAUUUCGUUCGUGCAACUCUGUGUAUUAGUCAAUAUCAUUCUUUUACUGCCGUAAUAGUUCAUUUGUUAGUAAAAAUUUGAAUAUAAAAGUAUAGUUAAUUCCAUUUGAUUGACUAUUAAUAUAAAUGUUCUCAUUAUUAUUAAUUUCUUCUAAAUGGUUCCAAUUUGUUUUAUUUUUUAAAUUUUGUCGUGAAUCGUUUUUAGACAUUAUCCCCGGAUGUCGAUUCAUAAUAAUUUAUGGAUAUUUACUGAGAAUCUAUGAUGAUCCGAGUUCGCAUUUCUACACGAACUAAAUAAACAAUAGUUGAAUUAACAAAAAUAUAUUUAUUGUAAAUAUCAGCUUUUAAGAAAUUAAAAAAAAGUAAAAUUCGUCUAAUUACAUUAGGUUAGCUCGAAGAUAAAUAGAUUGUCAAAAUCCCAAAUUUGAUAACUUUACAACUGUUUAUCUUUGAGCUAACCCCGACAUAUCAAUAAAUAUGCGGUUCUAAAUACGUUUCACGUCAAAGUUUCUUAUUUAAUUAAGUAGUACUCAUCGAUUGUAUGUUUAUUUAUAUUUCUAAAUAUUGUUAGAGUAUUUAAAGAUAAAAUGGAACUAUAAGAAUCACAUCACAAUGUACUUAAUUACAAUGUUUUAACGAGUUAGUGUACAACCACAGAAUAGAGAAGGAUACAGAAUGAGCCGGUACAAACCGCGCAGUGAAGCCGGUAUUUAAAAAAACAAACGUCAGUCAGCUAUCUACUAUAUAUACAAACUAUUUUUUUUCAAAAUUUGUUUUUCAAGAUAUAACAAAAUUACGUAAAUUAAUAUCAUAUUAGAUUAUAAAAAACACUCCAUCUUUUUUUCAGAUUUUAUGAACAGUUUUUUAAAUAUUUAAAAAUAUGACGCCGUUUUUCUUGAACAAUAUUGAAAAUUACUAAUGCAACGCUUCGUGUCAUACUGACUAGAGAAUGUAUUAGUUUUGAAUUUUUAUUUGGAAUGGCUGCAUCACUACCGUGUUCCGUGCGCUCUAUCUGCCUGUUAUUCUUUAAUCUGUGUGUACAACGUAGAAUUUAUUGUGUCAUUCCAUAGUACAUAUUGUUUUUGUUUAGUAAAAAACGUCAGAUUUCAAUGUAUAAUUUAGCCCUGAAUGUAUAUUUUUUAGAUUUAUAUAGUUUAUUUACAUUAAUUUUGAAUCAUUUUGUAAAAAGUAUUUUGCUCUCGUUAUAAAUCUAAAGAAAAAUAUGUUGCUUUCAGCUUUACCUUGUAAGUACGAAAGAGAUGGCUAACAAACAAACGGUAAUCGUUUUUCCACUAAUGACGAUGUCGACAAGCUAACAAAUAAAUUAUUAUAUUUUGCAUAA